GGGGCGGAAAUGGCGCCCGGCCUCCCCCCGUGGCCUGCGGCCCCCGCGGACUGCCUGGGCUGGCCGGGCCGCGAGCGGCUGUUGACGCAGAUUGCCGGGACCAGACAGGUGGAGCUGGGGGAAGGAGAAGCCAGAGACGACGAGGGCGCCCCGCUGCCAGAUGCAGGACAAAGGCGGCCGCGGCCCUCCUUUGUAAUCCGCUCGCCGGCGGAGGCCUGCCCUCCGGGCCGGAGCCGGAGGGGGCCGUCCCCUAGUGCUCUGGUCUCUAGGGCAAGCUAGAUAAACGGAGAGUCUCCAGGAGGAGGUAAAGGACGCUUAGCCGACUUUUAUAUUCCAGAGUUGGAACUGCGGAAAGACAUUUAAAUCAAGCGGUAUUGAAAUGGAUUGGGUUAUGAAACAUAAUGGUCCAAAUGACGCUAGUGAUGGGACAGUGCGACUUCGUGGACUGCCAUUUGGUUGCAGCAAAGAGGAAAUAGUUCAGUUCUUUCAAGGGUUGGAAAUCGUGCCAAAUGGGAUAACAUUGACGAUGGACUACCAGGGGAGAAGCACAGGGGAGGCCUUCGUGCAGUUUGCUUCAAAGGAGAUAGCAGAAAAUGCUCUGGGGAAACACAAGGAAAGAAUAGGGCACAGGUAUAUUGAGAUCUUCAGGAGUAGCAGGAGUGAAAUCAAAGGAUUUUAUGAUCCACCAAGAAGAUUGCUGGGACAGCGACCGGGACCAUAUGAUAGACCAAUAGGAGGAAGAGGGGGUUAUUAUGGAGCUGGGCGUGGAAGUAUGUAUGACAGAAUGCGACGAGGAGGUGAUGGAUAUGAUGGUGGCUAUGGAGGUUUUGAUGACUAUGGUGGCUAUAAUAAUUACGGCUAUGGAAAUGAUGGCUUUGAUGACAGGAUGAGAGAUGGAAGAGGCAUGGGAGGACAUGGCUAUGGUGGAGCUGGUGACGCAAGCUCAGGUUUCCAUGGUGGUCACUUUGUGCACAUGAGAGGGCUGCCUUUCCGUGCGACUGAAAAUGAUAUUGCUAAUUUCUUCUCACCACUCAAUCCAAUACGAGUUCACAUUGAUAUUGGAGCUGAUGGCAGAGCAACAGGAGAGGCGGAUGUAGAGUUUGUGACCCAUGAGGAUGCAGUGGCUGCCAUGUCUAAAGAUAAGAACAACAUGCAACACCGAUACAUUGAACUCUUCUUGAACUCUACCCCUGGAGGUGGCUCUGGAAUGGGAGGUUCUGGAAUGGGAGGCUAUGGCAGAGAUGGAAUGGAUAAUCAAGGAGGAUAUGGAUCUGUUGGGAGAAUGGGAAUGGGGAACAACUUUAGUGGAGGAUAUGGCACGCCUGAUGGUUUGGGAGGCUACGGUCGUGGUGGAGGCAGUGGAGGUUACUAUGGGCAAGGUGGAAUGAGUGGUGGUGGAUGGCGUGGGAUGUACUGAGGACACCACCAACAACGUACAAGUCCUAACAUCUGGUCUACUAGACUUUCUUACAGAUUUCAUUUCUUUUGUAUUUCAAGAACUUUAUAAUGACUGAAGGAAUGUGUUUUCAAGAUAUUAUUUGGUAAAGCAACAGGUUGUGAUGGGAAAAUCUGUUUUCUGUAGGUUUUAUUUGUUGCAUACCUUUGACUUCAAAUAAAUUUUUAUAUUCAAACCACUGAUGUUGCUACUUUUUAUAUAUAGGUACUCCUAAAGCUUAGCUGCCUUCGUAAGGUUUUUACUGUUAGCUCAAAAAAGUAGCAUAGUGCAAUGUUAGAGGGUUAGACUGCAAGUCUUAAUAUGCAGGCAUCUGAGAUGGAGCUUGAGUAGUUUAACUUCUCUCCUGGACACACAGUAAAUAAAAAGCUUACAGGAAUAUAAAUUAAGCUAAUUCUGUAUUCUCUUUUCAUUUCAAUCUCAUUUAUCAAGCAUAGCUCUGAAUAAUCUGUGAGGUAUCUGGAUUCUAAAUAUUUAUAAUUGUGUUAUGAAUUAUGAACCCAGGGAUUGGAGUAUUAGUUGAAAUUAUAGCCCUAGAUUUUAAAGUCCUCAUAGCACUUGACCAUAAUACAAAAAUGUUCCCAAAAUUUGAGUUUGUUGGAGUAGCUUACAAACUCAGUGCAAAUACACAGGUAUUUACUAUAGGUGUAUUCUUGUGUUUUUGGUUUCUCACCCAAGAAAACAGGGUUUUUCAUUGUGUAAAUGACUACAUUUAGGAAAAUUGUAAAACAAUGCUGCAGCCGGAUUUUGCAUCUGAUACUGGCUUUGAGUAGUUAGAUGCCCUGUGUAGCAAGAAAAGAUGCUUUCUAAUUAUCACUUUGAUCAAUAUGGCUUUUCCCCAAAUUGGCUAAUGGAGCAAAAUGAACAUGUCAAUGUGAACUCUGUUAUUGUUUUUGCUAGAAAUGUUAUUCAUGUAAUAAAUGUCAACAUGGGAGAUAAAGGAAUGUUGUCUGUCC